AGGCAAUAAGAUGUACACAAACCCCAUCCUCCCCGGCUUCAACCCCGACCCCUCAAUCGUCCGUGUCAACGAGGACUUCUUCCUCGUCAGCUCCUCCUUCGAAUACUUCCCCGGGGCGCCAAUCUACCACAGCAUCGAUCUCAUACAAUGGACGCUGAUCGGCCACGCCCUAACCCGGCCUAGCCAGCUGCAGAUCCACACCCCGGAGCCUGGGGGCGGCAUCUGGGCUACCACGCUGCGGUACCAUCAGGGCACGUUCUACAUCACGGCUGCCAAGUUCGAUCGGUAUCGUCCACAAGACGACGAUCGGGUCUGGCCCAGGGGCUUUUAUGUAUCGACGACCGAUAUCUGGGACUCGGCGUCGUGGUCGGAUCCAGUGUUUUUUGAUCAGGUGGGGUUUGAUCAGGAUCUCUUCUGGGACGAUGACGGCACUGUCUACCUCUCGUCCACCUACCGCAAGUUAACACGCACCCCCGGCGCAAAUCUCAAAGACUUCGCCAUACACAUCUCCACCGUCGACCUAGCCACCGGCCGCUCGACGUCCGAGCCGAAGCUAAUCCGCGAAUCCGCCUCCGGCGUAGCCGAGGGAUCACAUAUAUUCAAGCGGGGAGAAUACUACUACCUCUUCACGGCGGAGGGUGGGACAGAAAGCGGCCACUGCGAAUGGGUUAGUCGCAGUGAGUCUUCGCCGUUUGGGCCGUGGGAGGUCGGGCCGGACAACCCGCUCUGGCGGAAUGGGGUGACCGAUGAGGUUCAGAAUACGGGACAUGCGGAUAUGGUUGAGGAUGCGCAGGGACGGUGGUGGGCUGUUUUGCUGGGGGUACGUCCUGUCCGGAGGGACGAUUGUUGGGAGGAAUCUGUGUUGGGCCGCGAAACAUUCCUCAUCCCCGUCGAAUGGUCCAACGACUGGCCUAUCUUCAACGGGGGCCAAAAGAUUUCCCUCACCAUCACCACACCCCAUCUCAUCCAAUCCAACCCCCCACCCCCACCCACCUGGCGCGACAACUUCGACACAUCCACCCUCCAAAUAGGCUGGUACAAAAAGAACACGCCCGUCCGUACAGCAGAGUACUCUCUCACCGAGAGAAAAAGCCACCUCCGCCUCCACGGCGGGCCAUAUGACCUCUCCGUGCCCGCUAGCCCAACCCUCUUCCUCCGCAAACAGACCCACCGCGUCUGUACCUGGACGACGAGCCUUUCCUUCCACCCUACCUCUCCCGCCACCGAAGCAGGCACCGUCCUCUGGUGGAACUAUCUCACUUAUAGUAGCGUGGGAAUCCGCCGUGCUGCUGACGGGCGGUGCAUUGUGCGGUUCCGCCCUGCUGAUGGCAAGCAUAUCGACCGCGCCUUGGAGGAAGCUAGCAAAGGAGAAGGGUAUGUUCAACUUGUCAUCGAAUGCGGCGACCACUAUCGCUUCGGGUUCCGAGAAGAGAGUCCCGACUCAGAUCUAGACCUCGAAGCCCCGAUUAAAUGGAUCGGCGAGGUCUCGAACACCGCCAUGACUGUCUCUCCUCCUGUUGGGAUGGCCUUCACGGGCAUGAUGCUCGGGCUGUACGCUUUCGGCGAGAGACAGCCUUGUUUGGUUCCUGCAGACUUUGCGUAUGCGGAGAUGCGAUGA